GUCCUGGCAGGCGAUGCUGCGGGCUCGCAAGCAGAUGAGCAAGCAGGACUGCCUGGUGCCCGAAGUCUCUCGGGUAGCUUUCGCCAGCUUCCAGUGUGACGGGGCUGGUGUCCGUGGGCAAUGCGGUCCAGAGGAGGUUCUGGCGCGUUCCCUUGCUCCUCGCUCGGUCUUCGCUGCCGUCGCGGCUGCCGACCUCGGAGACGUGCGCCGCCUCACGGCCGAGAGGUAUCCGGACCUGCUCCUUCGAUCCUGGCCGGGUGGGCAAG